GUGACAUUUCUUCGCCUGUCCCAUGGACGUCUACUAACAUAUGACUAUCAUACUUUUUUUUUUAUUCAUCGCCAUCUUUCAUUCAUUUCAUAUUCAUUUUACAUGUAGAAAUUUAUUUAUUCACUUGACAUUGGCAGAAUUGUGCGAAAUUGGCAGAUAAGCCAUUAAUAAAAGAAGAAGAAGAAGACUAUCAUACUACUAUAACAGUGACAUAAAAAACCACACAGAAUUCAACAGGAGUAAAUGUUCUGUGGACAGUCAAAUGACCAUAGAAUAAUAGUACUCCUCAAAUGACAUAAAUUAGGAAAAUAUGUAAAUUAGAUUUAGUCUUAAGAUAUCUUAACUCUCCUUUUAUAAUCGUCUUAUGUAAUUAUAUUAAGAGUAAUAACAUUCGUCUAUAAUUUAAAUACAACAAAAUUCUAAAUUUAACUUGAGAUUUCACUUCUGUAUUACAAAAAGCAGAGUUUAUAAAAUAUCUAAAUAUGAAUUAAUCUGAGCGAAACACUGGACUCUGGCGAAAUCCAUAAGGGCAUCGCCAUUAAUUAAAAAGAAGAAGAAGAAAUUAGAUUUUUGCUUAACUUACCAUUUCUAUGCUGAAGAAAUUUAAAUAAUUUGUUACUUUUAUUGAAUUAACAAAAAAAUUGUGUUUCGUGUAAACUAGACUAGAGCAGAUAGUUAUUUGUUUAGUUGAAGUAGGUAUUUAUUCCAUUGCUUUUAUUAGUAAAACAAAUCCCAUUGAGAAAUCUCAACCAGAAAUCACAAUCAGCAAGAUUGAAAUAGUAACAUGUGUAGCUAAUAAAUAAAACAAACAUAAGUACAUAAUUAAGUUUAUUGUUUUCAGAUGUAAAAACUAAGAAAAACAACCUACACCCGAAGCUUAGCCUGUUUUCAAAAAUGAUCAUAAAAUUCGAAUCUGUCGGUAACAAACAAUUAAAAAGGUUUUUGGAACAUAUAUUUUACCUGGCUAUAGUCUUUGUUCUGAUACCAGGCUUUCUAUACUUUGAAAUUUGCAUUGUUCUGCCAUCUGUUACUGAACAAUGGACCAUGCCUUAUUUUAUACAUUUAUUCUGUGCCGCUUUUUUAUUGUUAAAUAUUAUUGGAAACAUGAUCUACGGUAUGUUUACAGAUACAAGUAUUAAAGGAAAAAUUCUUUAUAGCUACAAUCAAGAAAACUGGACAAUGUGUUCCGUUUGUGAAAGCCUACGACCACAACGUGCUUGGCAUUGUGAUCUUUGUAAUACAUGUAUACUGAAAAGAGAUCACCACUGUACAUUUUUUGCUUGCUGUGUUGGUUAUUACAACCACAGAUAUUUUAUCCUAUUUACUAUGUACAUUUUUAUAGCAAUGGUCUAUUCAUUCUACUUUAAUAUAAAGUUUGUUGCACAGUUCAUAACAUGGAAUCAUGGUUUGAUAAUUGCUAAAUUUAUUUUACCACUUGCAAGUUUUGUCAUUGACUCUGGGAGUGAAAGUUUAUAUGUGUUGUUAGUUGUAAUAAAUGUUAUUGUAGGUGUUUUUACAGGAUUUCUAUUUUUCUACCAUUUCAAUAAUAUUUUAAAAGGUGAGAUAGUGCCUGAAACUAAAAAGAAAUUAAUGGGUUUUAAGUAUGAUAAAGGGUGGAGAUCAAAUUUGAUAGAAGUAUUUGGCAGUAAAUGGUAUGUGACUUGGAUUUCACCAUUUAUUCACAGUCCUUUACCUGGAAAUGGUAUACAAUGGGAUAUACCAGCUAAUAAGCACAAAUAAAUGUAAUUUAUUGAUAUGUAAACAGUGCCUCAAUGUUACUUAAAUGUGCCUAUAUAUAUUUUUAGAGAUUUGUGAUGUUUUUAAAUAAGACCUCAAUGAAAUAUUCAAUGUUAUGAUUGCUAAUUUAUGUGUUAUAUAUGAUGAAAAUGUUAUGAACACUUAGAUUUUGCUAAUUUGUUAACACUUAAAUAGAAUAAAAUGGAAUAUACAAGUUUAUAAGUGUUCUUUAAUAUACCCUUUUUCACUGUGGCAAUUUUAUGAACUAAUAAUUUAAUUGAAAAUCGAAUUCCACAAUCUGGGCAACUUCUCUAAAUCCGAGACUAAACAUAACCAGGUUCU